AAACGUGAUUUAAACUAAUAUUUUUCAUCGUGAUAUUUAGUUUUGCUAUGAGACUUUCCUUAAUGUCAAAUUUCAGCGUGUCUCAUCGACAAUCCUUACUGUUAUAUAUAUUUCUUUGUAUCUGUUUCAGUUGUUUGUUAUUGACUCAUUUAUUCCAAGUAGACACUUCAAAUUAUAUCAGAAAUGAAUUUAGUGAAAAAAGUGUAGAAUAUCGCGGAAAUUAUUUAGUGUUGAAAAAUUUUAUUAGAGCUACAAGAAAAUUUAAAAACGACGAAAGUAUCACGCUUACCACCCCGGGAGAUUUUAGAUUCCUAGAUAAUAUUUUACCUUUGGUCGAUAGAUGGCGCGGGCCUAUUAGUGUGGCUCUAUACGCGCCCGGGGAUGAUUUUUAUUCUACAACGAAAAGCGUGGCUUAUUUAAGAAAAUGCACGACUGAUUUGGUUGAAGAGUUCGUAACGUUCCAUUUAUUUUUCGACGUCGAUCAUAUGCCUGCGGAAACGGGCAACAUACCGCUUAUUGAAAUGUACAAAGAUGAUUUCGAUUGCAGUCAAAAGCCCCCGUAUGAAAUCUUAACCGAAAACGGGACGUACAAACAAAAAUUCGGACUUUUUUACCCCAUAAACGUCGCCAGGAACAUAGCGAAAUUGAACGCGCAAACGCAUUUCGUAUUCCCUUCGGACAUAGAAUUAUAUCCAACCAGAAAGUUUAUACCGAAAUUUUUAAAUUUCGUCCAACAUAAUCCUCAAUAUUUCGACGAAAAAUCGAAAAAUGUAUUCGUAUUACCGAUUUUCGAAAUUUUAGAGGAAUACGCCAUACCAGAAUCGAAGACGACGUUACGUUUAAUGCACAAAAAUCGCACCGCGUUCGGUUUUCACGCCAAAGUGUGUCCGCAAUGUCACAACGUUCCCAAACAACGUGAAUGGUUAGCUACAGAAGAAACGGACGAUUUGAAUAUUUUCACUUCGGCCAAAAGACAACGCGAAUUCGGCAUAUGGGAACCGUUCUUUGUUUGUACCCAAAAAGAACCGCUUUGGGACGAGAGAUUGAAUUGGGAAGGCCAGGGAAAUAAAAUGUGCCAAGCUUUUCAUUUAUGCAUUUUGGAUUACAAUUUCCUUGUUUUCGAUAACGCCUUUUUAAUUCACAAACCGGGGGUGAAAAAGAAAAAAAUCCAAAAUAUAAAAUACACCGAUCAACAAACUGUAAACAACAAAAUUUUGAGGCAUAUCCAAAAGGAACUGAGACGCAUCUACGGCACCAGUAAUGGCGAUACCAGCCAUUGUUAUACACAUUAAUUUUUAUAUUUAAUAAAUUUCUA